AUGGAAGUUAAAGUUGAAAUCAAGAAAGAGAUUCCUGAACAUAAUCAAAAAUGUAUAGAGAGUCAUCUAGGGAAAUUAGAUCUCGAAGACUUAAAGAAUGAACCAGAGGAAGAUCAAUCAGUUGCGGAAGUAAACAUUGAAAUUAAGGAAGAGUUUGAGAAAAAUGAUUAUAUAUAUCAGGAGUAUCAGCUGCCCACCUCAAUAGAUCUUGAAAAGUUAAAGAUUGAAACAGAACAGAAAGAUCACUCAGUUACGGAAGUAAACAUUAAAAUUAAAGACGAGUUUGAGAAAAAUGAUCAUAUAUAUCAGGAGAAGCAGCUGUCAUCAAUAGAUCUUGAAAUGUUAAAUAUUGAAACAGAAAAAAAACAUCACUCAGGUUUUCAGCAAGAGGAAAAUAUAAUGGAAACUGGGAAAGGAUUACCUGAUCAUUUCUGUAAUAAAACACCACAUGUGAGACAAGCUAAAAAGAAUCGACGUUUUGGGAUACAGUCUGGGGAUAUUUAUAAAUGUGAAAUUUGUUUUAAGCAGUUUACUACAUCCUCUAAUUUGAAAACACAUUCGAGAUUGCACACUGGAGAAAAACCAUACAGGUGUACAAUUUGUUUUAAGAGGUUUACUGUAGCAAGUUCUUUGAGACUACAUGUGUGGACACAUUCGGCAGAAAAACCUUAUAAGUGUGAAAUUUGUGUUACUCAGUUCACUCAAAAACGUGAUUUAAAAAAUCAUUCGGUAGUGCACAGUGGACAAAAGCCUUAUAAAUGUAAAAUUUGUUUUAAACAAUUUACCCUAGCAGGAAAUUUAAAAAAGCAUUCGAGACUGCACACUGGAGUGAAGCCUUACAAGUGUGAAAUUUGUUUUAAACAAUUUACUGAAGCAGGAAGUUUAAGAAAUCAUUUGAGACUGCACACUGGAGUCAAGCCUUACCAGUGUGAAGUUUGCUUUAAGCAGUUCCCUCGAAACACUGAUUUAAAAAGACAUUCGAUAGUGCACACUGGAGAAAAAUCUUAUCAAUGUGAAAUUUGUUUUAAGCAGUUUACUAGAUCCAAUACUUUGAAAACACAUUCGAGAGUACACACUGGAGAAAAACCUUACAAGUGUGAUAUUUGUUUUAUGCAGUUUACUAACUCCAGUUAUUUGAAAACACAUUUGAUGACACACACUGGAGAAAAACCUUACAAGUGUGAGAUUUGUUUCAAGCAGUUUACUCAAUUAUGUAAUUUAAAAACACAUUUGAAAAAACAACACACAGGAGAGAAAUCUUACAACAUGUGACAUUUAUUUUAAGCAGUUUACUAUAGUGGGCUAUUUAUGAACAUGUGGGAGUGUAUAAAGGGUGUUUGGUAGGUCGAUGGAAAUUUUUUAAAGUAUAGUAAGGGACGCCAUUUGCAAAAUUUUUUGCUAAUAAUGUAUCGCUCAAACUGUUAAGGUUUCUGAAAACAACACUGACUCUUCGCAUAAAAUUUCCAUUAGUUAUAGUCAUUCUCCGAACGCAUAACAAACAAAAAACAAUAUACCUGCUAUGCUAACAAACAAUCUACCUGCUAUGAAGUGGUUUAUGUUGGUUUAUAAACAUGGUUAUUGUAUGCGUAUGAAAGGUGCGUUUUACUGUUUUGACAUCCGAAUUGUGUUUGGAAUUUCUUGUGAGUUUUUUGUACAUUACUAUUUUGAACUUUGUUUGAGUGAAGAACCAGACUGUGUAUUUGGAUAGAAUAGAAUAGAAAUAUGCUUUAUUGUCACUGAAAAUUAUUGAAAAAUUUUAUGGACAAAGCUAAAAAAAUCAGUCAAAUAGUACAAAAAGUAUAAAACAAAACAAAUAUAAUAAAAAACACAACAAUACAAUUUUAAAUUAGUAAAAUUAUUGUAUAACUUACAUAAUUUGUCACUGCUUGAGACACUCAAAUGUAAUUAUAAACAAUACUAGAUGAGACCCGAAGAAAGAAAAAUAUGCAAUUUUGGAAGAUUCUAAAUUGAUCGCCUUCGAAACAGAUCUUAUUGCAUAGCAGGCUGAGGCUAGUUUCUUACUUAACAAAUCGAUAUGAAGGGACCAUUUAAGGUUGCUGUCUCAAAAAAUACCAAGAAAUUUUACAGAAUCAGCGGUACUGAUCUGGCUGUUAAGAGUUGAAGAGCUCCUUGAUAGGAUAAUGCUACUGUUUUAUCCAGGUUAAAAGAAAGUAAAUUAGAGUCGGACCAGGUUUAAGCUGACAUGUUAAAUAAGGUUUUUAAAAUGGAAACUUUUAAAUACAAAAACAUAUAAAAAACAAAACGACUCAAAACAAGAAUUAGAACAGUUUAAAAAAUUAUGUGACAAAUUUCCUAAUAAAUUGUGAAAUCUCAAGCACUGUUGCAGAAAAAAGUACCAAAGACCAGAAUAUAUUCAAAGAAAUACAAACAAUUCGCUUUGACAUUAUACUUUUUGAACCUAAUUAAUUAAUAACUAAGAAAUUACAAUAUCUUAAUGUAUAGUUCCAUGGUUCUUUACCCGUGGGUCAUCAUUACCCAAAGUAGCUUAAACUUAUUAGUUCCUACGGUUGAUUAUGCAAUUUGUUAUUGUCUUUUUCCUCUGAGUCUUUGUAAGCUUCGUCCAUAAAAUUGUAAAAUUUUCAAUGACAAUAAAGCAUAUUCUUCAUCUUCAAGUUCCACUCCUAUCGGAGAUUGGAAAUCAUUCUGGCAAUUAUAAUUUUAUUGGUUACUUGCCUGAAUAGUUCAAUUGAACUGCAUCCAAACCACUCACGGAGAUUGCGUAGCCACGAGAUUUUACGUCUUCCUACGCUUCUUCUACCUUUGAUUUUACCCUGCAUUAUAUUCCUUAGUAGUUCGUACUUUUCACCUCUCAUGAUGUGCCCCAAGUAUUCCAAUUUCCUGAUCUUUAUGGAAUUUAAAACUUCGCAUUGUUCUCCUAGUUGUUCAAGAACUUGUUCGUUUGUUUUGCGAUCCAUCCAUGAUAUUUUCAAAAUGCGUCGGUAACACCACAUUUCGAAUGCUUCUAGGUUUUUAAUGUUGGAUUUUUUAAGUGUCCAAGCUUCAACUCCAUACAAAAGUGUAGAGAAAAUAUAACAUCGAAGCAUUCUUAUCCAAGUGCCCCAAGUAUUCCAAUUUCCUGAUCUUUAUGGAAUUUAAAACUUCGCAUUGUUUUCCUAGUUGUUCGAGAACUUGUUCGUUUGUUUUGCGAUCCAUCCAUGAUAUUUUCAAAAUGCGUCGGUAACACCACAUUUCGAAUGCUUCUAGGUUUUUAAUGUUGGAUUUUUUAAGUGUCCAAGCUUCAACUCCAUACAAAAGGGUAGAGAAAAUAUAACAUCGAAGCAUUCUUAUCCGGAGCGAUUUAUUGAUAUUGCGAUUACAAAAAAGUUUUCUCAUUCUAUUAAAAGUUGACCGCGCAAUUUCAAUGCGGCAUCUUAUUUCUUUUGUCUGAUCAGUAUCUUCUGUGAUCCAUGCUCCAAGGUAUUUGUACGAAGAUGUUUGUUCAAUUUCUGUAUUAUCUAGUACUAGCUUAACUUUGAUGUUUUGUGCUUUUGUAAAUACCAUGAACUUGGUUUUCUUCAAAUUGAUUUUUAGUCCAUAAUCGUUGCAAUAUAUAUUUAGUUGUUCAGCAAGGUGUUGCAGUUCUUCUAGUGUUCCUGCCAGAAGAACGAUGUCGUCAGCAUAUCUUAUGUUAUUAAGUGGCUCACUGUUUAUUAUAAGGCCCUCACUGAUUUCGGCAAGAGCUAAUUCUGAGAUGGCUUCACUGUAUAAAUUGAAUAACAAGGGUGAUAAAAUAUACCCUUGGCGGACCCCACGGCGAAUCUGGAUAUCCUUGGUCAGUUCGUUUUCAACUUUUACUUUUGCUGUUUGAUUCCAAUAGAGGUUACAGAUGAUUCUAAUGUCUCUACUGUCUAUGUUUUUAUUUAAUAAAAUUUCUUUAAGUCGAUUAUGCUGCAUUCUGUCAAAUGCCUUCUUAAAAUCAAUGAAACAGGUAUAUACUUCCUGAUUAAUAUCUAAGCAUCUAUGCGAAAGAACACUUACUGCAAACAGUACAUCUCGUGUUCCCAGUCCUUUCCUAAAUCCCAUUUGUGUAUUACUACUUAUGCCUUCAUCUAAUUUCUUAUGUAUUCUAUUGUGAAUUACUUUUAAAAACAAUUUCAAGACAUCACUCAUUAAGGCUAUGGUGCGAUGUUCAUUGCACUCCUUUGCAUUGGCUUUUUUGGGAAGCAGUAUGAAUGUUGAUUGAAGCCAUUCUUUAGGUAUUAUACCUGUUCUAUAUAUGGUAUUGAAUAGAUCCAAAAGAAGAUCAAUAGAUUCAGUAUUCACAAUUUUAAGUAAUUCGAUAGGAACUUCAUCAGGCCCGGGAGAUUUACCACCUUUAGCUUGUUUCAUUGCAUAUUCAAUUUCUUCUCGUAUAAUGUCAGGCCCAGUAUCAUUCUUAAAUUCUUUUGGUGCUUCUGUUCUCUCUUUGUCUUCAAAUAGUUGUGCUAUAUAUUGUGUUCAUCUCUGCAUUUUUUGGUUUAUAUCUGUUAUAAGUGCACCCCUUUCAUCUCUUAGUUGCCUAGUUUGAAGUGUUUUUCUCAUUCCUGUUAAUUCUCUAAUUCUUUUAUGCAUGUUAAAAAAGUCAUAUUUUUUCUCAAUUUCUUCUAGUUCUUGGCACUGCUCAUGUAACAUUCUCUCCUUAGCUUAUUUUAUUCUCUUUUUUAUUAAUCGAUCAGUUUCAUUAUAUUUAAUUGGAUUUUUUUUGGAACAAAAAAUCAAAAAAAAAAAAUAAAGCAUAUAUUUCUAUUCUAUUCCCAUCCGGGUUAUGUUUAUCCAUGCUUAUGAUGAUCUUUUAGAAUAGGGCGGAAUAAGGAAUAUUUACUUGCAUUCUAUAAACAUUCAGAAGUGGUUAAUUAGAUUUUAAUUACUGUUACUGCGAACUGUUAUACAACGAGAAUAAAUUAUUAACUGUACGUAAAUUGUCCUCUUACAAACCUCUUAUACACAUACAUGAACUAAAAAAGGAUACUAUUAUACAUUAGCAAUCAUGCGCAUCAAACUAGUUAUAUAAGGAAUAAUGCAAUUUUAUCUAAAUGUAAUAAAUCCAUACUCCAGAAAUAUGUUGGCUACAUAGGGCCCAAAUGAUACAAUUGUCUACCGGAGAAUUUAAAACAAAUUAAGAGUUAUAAAAAAAACAUAGAUAUCAGUAUAAAACUAAACAAUAAAUUGGAAACAAAAUAACACAAUUCUGCGAAGAGCAGAUUAAUUGAUAAUAGUAAUAAAUAAAAUAAUAGUCCAAGGAAGAAUCGACAGUAGGAGGGGACCGGGAAGAAGACGACACUCAUGGAUGCAUAACCUGCGACAAUGGUUCGGACUAACAUCGACCGAACUGUUCAGAGGUGCCGUAAACAAAGUCAAAAUAGCCUUGUUAAUAGCCAACGUCCGAAACGGAUAGGGCAAAGGAAGAAGAGAAGAAGAAUUAGGAUCUAUCUAUCUAUAUAAGGAUUUUUACAGCUGUCGCCGCCUCGCUUCUUUCAGCCAACGUCUCCAGUCCUUUCUGUUCUGCCAUUCUAAGGUCUCGUCUUUCUAUGGCCUCGUCCAUUUCAUCCCUCCAUGAUGUUCGAGGUCUACCUUUUCCUCCUUCCUAUUGGGCUCACAUCCGAAAAAAAUAUCACACACAAGAGGUGCUACUUUUAUGGUAGCUCUAUUUCAGUGAUUUUUCAUGUUUAUUUAGUGUUAAGUAUGCUUAUUUUUUGUAAAUCUAUAUUAUAAUCUAAGCUUCCUAAAUAAACAUUAUUAUUAGUAUUAAUUACAAUAAAUUUCUAUUAUUA